CAGAAAAGAUGAAGAAGUGAUAAAAAGAAAAGAGGAGUGCAGUCCCUCUGUGUUGUGUGGAUUUAGUAGCUGAUUGAUGUACCCACUUUUGUGCAAAAUUCCUCAGACUUAAUGCUCAUGGUUUCUCAAUGGGGUUCAACACGCAAAUUAAUGCACACAGACACACACACAUACAUUAAAAACACAUUUCUCUCCCACAGGCUGAACCGGUGGUGAAACAUGUCUGGUUCUUGUUAACUUGAGUGUUGCUUCCCCCCCAUCAGAACAACAACACACUAAUUUUCUUUACUUCACUUUGUUUUUCCUGUUUUCCUCUGUCUCUCUUAAAGCCUCUUGUUGUUUGUCUUCUGUCAUCCUGUUACUCAAUAUUCACUCGGUCUGUCAUUCUCCCUCUAUGAGCCUCCUGGUCAACCUACAACACUGUAGCUCCCAGCCUGAUGUCUUGUUAGAGACUGCGAGUGAGAUCUUGAUGGGGGACCACACGUGGGCGACCAUGUUGGGUCAGAGUGUGCGGUUACAGCCGGUGCCCAUCCAGAGCCUGUCGGAGCUGGAGCGAGCCAGGUUACAGGAUGUGGCCUUGUACCACCUGGAGGAGAGGGACCUGGACUUCAAGAUCAGCAUCCCGAGGGAAACGCACAAACGGAGAAAAUCUCUACGCAGGAAGUUUGACUCCUUUUCAAAGGAAAAGAAAGAGCGAGAAUCAGCCCCCAAGGCGUUCGGCAUCCCCCUCUCCCAGGUCAUCGCCAACGACCGAGCCUUCAAGCUGCGACAGGACGCCCUGAAGGAGAGCAGGCGAGACUGUCUGGACCUGGAGGCCAGCGUUCUGCGCUUCAGGGCCGAGAAGAGGCAGUUCUUCAACGGGAACACAGGAGGAGGUCCCGGCUCGCCAUCUACAAACUCUGUAGCGCCGGUGCCCGUUUACGAGACCCAGAACAAACCGAUGUCGCCCACGUUUCUGGAUAACUCCAGCCGAGUACAGAGAAGGGGUGGUCUGUCAGUGGACUCCAUUUCGGACCUGGUAGAGAGUCAGUCUCGCCUGCUGGAGGCGCUGCAGCUCUCUCACCCGGCCGAGCUGGAGCUGAAGAAGUCUUCGGACGGCAGGGGCUCGUCGGAGGUGAAGACCCAGACCAAGCUCAGCCUCAACCCCAUCUACAGACAGGUGCCACGGGUGCUGGAGAGGUGCUGCAGUCACAUCGAGACCCACGGUCUUCAGACUGUGGGAAUUUUCCGAGUUGGUAGCUCUAAGAAGAGAGUGAGACAGCUGCUGGAUGACUUUGACAGAGGGGUAGACGUCCAGCUGGAUGAGGAGCAAAGCGUCCAUGACGUGGCAGCGCUGCUCAAAGAGUUCCUCCGAGAAAUUCCUGAUCCUUUGCUGUCCAGAGAGCUCUACCCCGCCUUCCUGCAUGCCAACCUGCUGAGGGGAGCGGACCAGCUUCAGUACCUGCAGCACCUCCUCUACCUGCUGCCUCCCUGUAACUGUGACACGCUGCUGCGACUCCUCAGCAUGAUACACACCGUGCAGAGCUUCGCCCAGGACACCAUCGGGACAAACGACGAGGAGAUCCCCGGGAACAAGAUGACGGCUGCGAACCUGGCGGUGAUCUUUGGGCCCAACCUGCUGCAGAAGGAGCGAGGCGGAGACGCCAGUCCCCAUGCGAUGGGGAUCGAGGACAGCACGGCGAUCAUCGGCGUCACCCUGCUGCUCAUCCAGAACUACAGGAGGCUCUUCACGGUGUCUGCAGAGCUGCAGCAGGAGGUCCUGAUGAGUCUGAUCCAGACAGACCCGGACAUCAUCGACUAUCUGCUGCGUAGGAAACUCAGCGUCAGCCACCUGACGGCAGAGAGCAGCAGUGAGACGGGGGGGCGUCGGGACACAGGGGCGUCUCUGGACUCUGUGGGAGCCUCCAGUGGGAGUUUGUCCCCGCUAGAGCCACCAUCACCGCUUUUCCCGCCCAAAAGCAACGGCAGUGAGGGCAGCCUGACCAGCGAGGUCUUCUUCAACGUGCUCAAACUGAACCAGAACAGGAAGCGCCAGGAAACCAGAUAUGGUGAGGCCCCGUCAGGUAAAUCCAUCCGCCACAUGCGUCAGUUCCACUCCCACCACAACCUGCUCAGCCUGGCCCAGCCCUCCUUGUCCUCCACCUCCAGACACCACAGUCAGGACCAGGACACCCAGGACCGCAGGGCCCCGCUGGGCUCUGCGCUCAACUUCAACCUGGGCGGCCUCGGCAGCGGCAGCUGCUCCAGUCUUAGCGCGUCGACGGAGAGCAGCAUCUGGGUGAGACAGACGACGCCCGAGGAGAGCAAACCCUCGCCGGCGUCUAAUUUCUGGGACUUCUUCACCGGGAAAGGGUCGAGCUCAGAGACGAUGGUAUGAUGAAGGGCGAGAAGAGGAAUAUGAAGGAAAAGAGGGUGUUUUUUUUUUUUUUUUUUCUGUCAGAAAUCCCCAGUUACAUUAACAACAGACACAACUUACCCUUACAUGCAUGACUCCUUUUUUUUUUAAUCCUAAAUUUCCUACUUGAAGAUACUACUUUAAGGGAGCAAGUUUUCUUUAUUGGAAGUUGGAAUUUCACACUUUUCUGGCUUUUUCUGGAACGCAGCAUGUGUAUGAAUUGGGACACAGAAGAAGAAGGAAAUGUCAGAUAAAUAUACGAAAGACUUUUUUUUAUUUUAAAGACAUUUUGGAGUUGUCAGAAACUUUUGGAAACUUUUAAGCACAACUCCCUCCUACCGAGACACGGACAUCAGUAAAUGAAGGAAAAGAGACUAAAUAACUCGGUUUGUGAAGAUUAUGUGAACGUGGAUGCAGUAAUAUUUGUAAUGUAUAUAAUGUGUACAUGAUAUAUUCAUUUUACACACACAUACACACACAACAUCUUUACUACCUACAACAGCAUAACUAUGUGUAGCUAUAUGGACUCUACUAACUGACACCAUAUCAGAUUCCCUUUGCCUUUCCCGUAACCUGCAAUAAGCUACAUUUACUGUAAAAAUAAUCCACAAUUUAUAUCAGCUGUCAAGAAUUUAAAACCCCUAACGACAUCUCAGCAAAAAAACUAAAAACAUAUUAGAGCCAGAAUUUUGUUAAACUAAAUUUAAAAAAAGAAGCUUUUAUAGAUGUCCAGGUAGGGACAAUCAAUCCUUUUCAGAUUCUUAGCUUACAUAUAAGUGUAACAUUUACGCUAUAUCACAUUGAAAUGUAGUCAUUGAAAUGCAAUUGAAAUUACAGUCAAAACUAGAUGUCUAAAAACCAUUCCGGUUUAGAUCACAUUUAGCUGUUUUUAAUCUUCUGACCUACAAAUCACCAUAUUACUGCUGACUGAGGAAGUGCAUCUGUGUGAGUGUAAACUAGGGAUGGAGCCAACAAUUAUUAUAUCAUUGUCAAUUAAUCUUAUUGAUUAUUUUGUUUUUUUCAAUUAAUUAAAAAUGGAUUUUAGAGUCCAUGCUGACCUCUUCAAAGUGUAUGUUUUUAUCAGACCAAUAUUCCAAAAGCAAAAAUGGAUUCACCUUACACAGAUAUAAAGCAGCAACUCGACUUUGAGGAGCUGGAAUGAAUGAACAUUUGGCAAUUUUGUUUGAUUGAUUAUCAAUAUUUUAAUAAUAUUUCCAUUCAUUCUGUUUUUGACACCUCAGUGGGAAACAACAGCUAUUGUAUAUUCAAAGUCCGUGGCUAGAUGCUCUGAGAAACGCGACACAUUUGAAACCUGUUCAUCCUCCCCAAACGAUACGGUGUGCAUUUAUCAACUCUCAAAAUCAAAAGAUUUCAAGGUUUAUCACCAGGAAGUUGCCCUCAAACAGAUUACAAAGUGUUAAAUACCAUAUAUCAUAAUUAUGUGAAAAGUCCCAUGAGGCCUGAGCUCACAAAACUGAAUUCGACCAUUUUAAGGAGUUUUGCAAUAAGUCAUGAUAUAUUCCAUCUAGAAAUUUAGACUUUGGAGAAAUCAGACAGAAUUUGGAGCUAUGAUGGAAACACUUUGAUCAACUUGGAAACUGUAAUCAAUCUCAAACACACAGAUGUUCACCAGAUGAACUGUGGGACACAAACAUUCCACUUCACACUGAUUUGGUGAUUUUUGCAUGAAACGGCUUUCAAUCUCAAUGUUUUUUUUUUUUUUCCUUAUUUCUUAUUAUCUAACAUCUAAUCAUCUUGGGAACCUCUGGUCUAGGUUGUUUCAAAGGCUUUUCAAUGUCUAAAAUGUGAAGCUGGAUGUCUAAAAACAUUUUACUGUUCAACCAUAUUUUGCCCUUAAUGUCUAGACAUCUUUUGAAUUAGAUCCAUUUACAAGAAAUGUAAGUCAUUUAAUGUCUGUAUUCAGCAGCACUUUCAUCUUUGAUAAUAUUACAGGAUCAUAUAGGAUAGUUACCUUCCUUUAUCCACAGGAGGGCGAUAUUCACCACAUAAGAUCAACCUUUAAUCCUCUAAAUGUUUGUCCUAUUAUCCACAGACUCCUAUAACGUUGGUCAAAUGUAUAGGUUUAAUGUAUUAAGUUUGGAGAAUAGUGCCAAACAACUAGAAACUGUAGACAUGUUUGCCUUUGUCCUCUUUGUAGUAGAAAACCAUUUUUCCAUUGUUUGCACAGAGAUUUUCCUACAUCCUAACGUUGUUUUGCUUCAUCACAAACACAGAAGUUGUACAGUCUGUCCUUCAUCUCAGCAGGUGAAUGUAUCGUAUUGUAUUUUGGUUUCCUUUAGGAGAAAACAAGAUUGUCUUUUUGUCAGUGACUUGUUUUUUUCUAUAUUGUUGUAAAAUCCAUCAAGACCUAAAUAAUGUACGUAAUGUUCCACUUACCUGCAGAUAAUAAAUGUCAAACUGCC